AUUUUACUGACUUCUUGAUGUUAAUAUCCGUUAAUCCUCUUCCUUUGACAACUUCCGAAUGUAGACCUCUUGCAGUAUUUCGCUUUCCUGGAAGAUCUUUUGUCCAAGACAGUUUUGCUCUUCCUUCUACCCACCUCUCAGAUUCUCCUUCACUCUUCCCCAGCGUAUAUUUUUCACCUUCUGUAUUUUUCAUCUUCUCUAUAUUUCCUCUUUUGCUCGUAGUCUUGCCUGUUUAACGUUCUCUUCUGCAAUGUGGUGGUGGCUGUUUGGUGUUCUGAGCUGUCUGUUGGUGGCACUGCUCAUCAUCUUGUUCCGAGCUACCGGUCAGCGGUACAAGGUGUUCAGUGAGAAGUGCCUGAGAUCACCAGGACCCCUGGUCACCAACAGCAAAGAGAGGGAUGCCAGACUAAAGAGAGGGUUCCGUGUGGACCGGGUUCCACCCGCUCUGGAUGCAGUGGUGAUUGGCAGCGGCAUUGGAGGAUUGACAGCAGCAGCCCUUUUAUCUAAAGCUGGGAAGAAAGUUGUAGUCCUGGAGCAACAUGAUCAAGCUGGGGGCUGUACACACACCUUCCAAAAUAAGGGGUUCGAGUUUGACGUGGGUAUCCAUUAUCUGGGCCAGCUUCAUGAGAACAGCUUGUUGAAAGUUGCUUUGGAUCAGAUCACAGAAGGACAGCUGCAGUUUGUAAAGCUGGAACAACAUUACGAUACCAUACUUCUUGGACAGCCUGACCAUUGCAGGGAGUAUCAUAUCCAUGCAGGAAAGACUGAGAUGGCAGUUUGCUUGAAGAAGCAAUUCCCAGAAGAAGAGGAGGCUAUUGACAAAUUCAUGAAACUGAUGAAGCAUGCCUCACGGAGAACUCCACUUAUUGCCAUGUUGAAGAUCCUGCCUUACCCAGUGGUAAACUUUCUGAUUUGGACUGGCCUAUUGGAUAAAAUAUCUUCUGUGUUUCGCCUAGCAUCAACCAGCCAUUCAGAAAUGAUGUCUCAACUCACUCAAAACAAGGACCUGCAGGCACUCUCUGCCUACUUUUUCUAUGGUGUCCCUCCUAAAGAGUCGAGCUUUCUCAUUAAUGCUCUUCUUCUCCACCACUACAAACGUGGGGCAUACUACCCAUAUGGGGGUGCCAGUGAAAUUGCUUUUCACAUCAUUCCAGUCAUUAAGCAGGCAGGCGGUGAAGUACUGGUCAGGGCGCCUGUACAGCGCAUCCUCAUCAACAGUCAGGGAAAAGCCUAUGGUGUGACAGUUCUUAAAGGAGAACAAGAGAUUGAGAUCCAUGCCCCUGUUGUAAUUUCGAAUGCUGGAAUCUUCAACACCUUCCAGAAAUUUCUACCUCAGCACAUUCAGGAAAACCCAGAAAUCCAGUCACUGCUAGGUAUGCUUCGUCAUGGUAUGGGUUCAUUCCUGGUCUUUGUCGGGCUGGAUGGGACCAAGGAAGAGCUGGACAUUGUUUCCAAAAACUUCUGGAUGUAUAAAGGCAAUGACCUGGACUCACUUAUGGAGAAAUACUCUUCUCUGAAGAGAGAGCAAGUAUUAGGAAACAUCCCAAUGAUGUUUAUCACCUUCCCAUCUGCUAAAGACCCAACAGCCACCAUUCGACAGCCAGGUAAGUCCUGUAUGACAUUACUUACCAUGGCCCGCUAUGAAUGGUUUGAGGAUUGGGAAGAGACCAAAGUUGGCAAGAGGGGUCAGGAGUAUUUGGAUCUGAAAAACAACAUGGCCCAGGAAUUGCUGGAAUGGGCUUUAACCAUCUUCCCUCAACUUCGAGAUAAGGUGGUAAUGGUAGAAGCUGCCACCCCUUUAACUAAUGUCCACUAUUUGGGCGCUCCAAGAGGUGAGAUGUAUGGUGCAGAGCACAACCUGGAGCGAUUUGGGCCAGAAACGGCUGCCAAGACACGACCACAGACACCAGUCAGCGGGCUUUUCUUAACAGGUCAGGAUGUAUUCUGCAAUGGCAUGGCUGGGGCACUGCACGGCGGACUGCUCUGUGCCUCGGCUGUCCUCAAUCAAAUUCUCUACAUCGACCUUCUUGCUCUGAAAACCCGCCUUAAGCACCAAACGAUCAAGAAGAAGAAGACCUGAUAUGCAGAGUGACUGAAGGCCUGAGGGAAGAGGAGGUGAAUUGUGGCAGACAUCUUCAGUCCAAGCUUCAAAGGCUCCCUUGUUUAUUUCUGCUAACUCUGCCCUCCUCCAGACGUCUUGGGAUCAACCUCCUAAUGUUCUCAGGAUCAGAAACAAGUUUAUCAAUAAACGUUUUAAACCAU